UACCUUCCCGCCUUCUGAUAACUCUCACUCUCUUCUUUAAAUUUAAGACCCAAAGGCGUAUUUGAACCUUCUUCAUCUCACCUUUGACCACCAGCCAUUCCUAUCGUUUUAGCGUACGAGAUAACCAAGGCGGUGUUGCGAUCUGGUACUCAUACAGACCAGAACAACACACUCUUGGGCUCUGAACAGACGUCACAAUUCCUGCGCAGGUGACUACGAACGGAGAAGGCAAGCUGGGGAAGCGCAAGUUGUCCGACGCAGAUUCUUCUCAACCGCAGAAGAAAACUAUGACGGGCACGAACGCUGUCAACAUGGAGACCGAAAUGCAGGUCGACGAGUCGGUGGUGGGCAAGAACGACAUCGACGAAUCUCUCUACAGCAGACAGCUCUAUGUCCUUGGUCAUGAAGCUAUGAAGCGCAUGAUUGCCUCUAAUGUGCUUAUUGUUGGAAUGAAGGGACUUGGAGUUGAGAUAGCAAAGAACAUCGCACUCGCUGGAGUCAAGAGUCUCACUCUCUACGACCCCGCCCCUACCCAGAUAUCUGACCUCUCCUCACAAUUCUUCCUUCACGUCGAAGAUGUCGGCAAGCCCAGAGCAGAAGUGACAGCGCCACGCGUUGCUGAGCUGAAUGCUUACACUCCGGUCUCUGUGCAUAAGUCAACAAGCCUUACAUCAGACCUCUCUCAGUUCGAUCGAUACCAAGUCGUCGUCCUUACCAAUACCCCACUCAAGGAUCAAAUCGUGAUUGGUGACUAUCUACACAAGAAGGGGAUCUAUCUCGUCGUAGCUGAUACUUUUGGUCUGUUUGGGUCAAUAUUCUGCGACUUUGGGAAGCAAUUCAAGAUCCUCGAUCCCACAGGAGAGACCCCAGUCAGUGGUAUAGUUGCUGGUAUCGAUGAAGAAGGAUUGGUCUCUGCCCUGGAUGAGACAAGACACGGUCUCGAGGAUGGCGACUAUGUUACUUUUACCGAAUUGGAGGGAAUGGAGGCGCUGAACUCUGCAGAGCCCCGGAAGGUCACAGUGAAGGGACCAUACACAUUCUCUAUCGGAGAUGUUUCGCAACUCGGCCAAUACAAGAGAGGUGGUAUGUACACACAGGUCAAGAUGCCAAAGGUGGUCGACUUCAAGACUCUGUCUGCUUCGUUGAAAGAACCAGAGUUCCUUAUCUCCGACUACGCAAAAUUCGACCGUCCUCAACAGCUCCACGUUGGAUUCCAAACCCUGCAUGCGUUUGCUGAGCAGCAUGGCCGUCUUCCACGACCACAUAAUGAGCAGGAUGCUCUAAUUAUAAUCGGAGCGGCACAAGCCUUCGUAAAGCAGGAGGGGCUUGACGUUGAAAUUGAUGAGAAGCUCAUACGAGAGCUUAGCUACCAGGCGCAGGGUGACCUGAGUCCGAUGGCGGCUUUCUUCGGUGGUCUCGCCGCUCAAGAAGUCCUCAAAGCUGUCUCUGGGAAAUUCCACCCAGUCCAUCAAUGGCUGUACUUUGACUCUCUGGAAUCUCUUCCUUCUAACUUUAAAAGAUCCGAGGAACUAUGUGCUCCAACCAACAGCAGAUACGAUGGUCAGAUCGCUGUUUUCGGCCGAGAAUUCCAGGAGAAGAUUGCAAAUGCCAAGCAAUUCUUGGUUGGCGCCGGUGCUAUUGGUUGUGAGAUGUUGAAGAACUGGGCCAUGAUUGGUCUUGCUACUGGACCCAACGGCAAGAUUAGCGUGACUGAUAUGGAUUCGAUCGAGAAGAGCAAUCUCAAUCGCCAAUUCCUUUUCAGACCUAAAGAUGUCGGACAGCUGAAGAGCGAGUGUGCUGCUGCUGCAGUACAGGCGAUGAAUCCUGAUCUCAAGGGCCACAUUGUCACGAUGCGGGAUAGAGUUGGACAAGAUACCGAGCACAUCUUCAACGAGAAGUUUUGGAAUGAGCUCGAUGGUGUCACCAAUGCUCUCGACAAUGUCGAUGCCCGAACAUACGUUGAUCGCCGUUGCGUGUUCUUCCGCAAACCUUUACUGGAGAGUGGUACCUUGGGAACGAAAGGAAACACUCAGGUCGUCAUACCUUUUAUGACCGAGUCCUACUCCAGUUCUCAAGACCCCCCUGAGCAAUCCUUCCCGAUGUGCACGUUGAGAAGCUUCCCCAACAAGAUUGAGCACACCAUUGCGUGGGCCAGAGAACUUUUCGAGUCAUACUUCGUGAAGCCCGCAGAGACCGUCAACUUGUACCUAAGCCAACCUAAUUAUCUCGAGACUACCUUGAAGCAGGGUGGUAACGAAAAGGCAACUCUUGAGACGAUUCGGGAUUUCUUGGUCGAGGACAAGCCUCUCAGUGUUGAGGAUUGCAUCAAGUGGGCUCGUCUUCAAUUCGAGAAGCAGUACAAUAACGCGAUCCAGCAGUUGCUGUAUAACUUCCCCAAAGAUUCAACAACCUCAAGUGGCACCCCUUUCUGGUCUGGACCUAAGCGUGCUCCUGAUCCAUUAAAAUUCGACCCCCAAAACGAGUUUCAUUGGAAAUUCAUCGUUGCUGGCACCAAUCUUCAUGCUUACAACUAUGGCAUCAACACGAAGGGCGCGGACGCAGCUACCAUACAAAAAGUCCUGGAUAACAUGAUCAUUCCUGACUUCUCGCCUAAUGCAUCCGUCAAGAUUCAAGCCGACGAUAGCGAGCCCGAUCCAAAUGCAAACUCCUCCAAUUUCGAUGACAGCACCGAACUUCAAGAGAUUAUUAACAAGCUUCCAUCUCCAAAGACGCUGGCCGGUUUCAAGCUCCAGCCUGUCGAGUUCGAAAAAGACGAUGAUACCAACUAUCACAUCGAUUUCAUUACGGCAGCAAGCAAUUUGAGAGCGGAAAACUACAAGAUUGAGCUUGCAGAUAGACAUAAGACCAAGUUCAUUGCAGGCAAAAUUAUCCCCGCCAUUGCUACGACCACAGCUCUUGUCACCGGGUUGGUUAUCCUCGAACUCUACAAGGUCUUGGAUGGCAAGAAAGACAUUGAACAAUACAAGAACGGCUUUGUCAACCUUGCAUUGCCAUUCUUUGGCUUCAGCGAGCCUAUCAGUAGUGAGAAGGUUGUGUACAAGGGCAAGAACGGGGAUGUGUCGCUCGACAAGUUAUGGGAUCGAUUUGAAGUCGCAGACAUCACGUUGCAAGAACUUAUUGACCUCUUCGAUGAGAAGGGACUGUCAAUCACCAUGUUGAGCUCCGGGGUCAGUCUUUUGUAUGCCAGCUUCUUCCCACCCGCGAAGCUCGCAGAUCGAUAUGGCCAAAAACUGAGCGAACUCGUCGCCUCUGUUUCAAAGAAGCCAAUUCCAGCGCAUCAAAAGAAUGUUAUUUUUGAGAUUGUUGCGGAGGAUACGACGGGAGAGGACGUUGAGGUUCCUUACAUCAUGAUGAAGAUGGCAUAGAUGAGGGAUGAUUAC